GCCAUGGCAACUCCAAACAAACACCUAACGCGGCUCAAUUAACUGAAAACAUACCCUGACCUCCCCUUUUUUCAUUUGUUAUACAGAUCCAAACUGUAUUAUCAAAAAGUUGUACAGAAAAACUGUCAGAAUAAAUUUCCCAAUCUUCUUUCCAUGUUCAGAUUCAAGUAUAUAUUUUAUUUCUUUAUGUAAAUACCCAAUGUGUCGGCAUUCCCUGUCGUCGGAUGCAGCCUCAAAUAUCUUCAAUUAUAGACAGUUAAUCUCAUCCUUUUAACGAUGAAGAGGCACCACGAAGAUUUAGCCAGCGUCAUAGAAGGCGUAGAUGUCAUAAUGUUAGAUAUCGAAGGCACUACGACCUCGAUCAGUUUCGUAAAGGACGAGCUGUUCCCCUUUGUGCGGCGGGAGGUGAGGAACCACCUGGCAGCGACGUGGGAGGAGGAGGAGACCAAGGCGGACGUGGCCGCUCUCACCCGCCAGGUGCGGGAGGACCUGGCGGCGGGAGUGACUGGAUGGCCCCCCGCUCCCCGAGGAGGGCGGCGAGCGGGAGCCCCUGCUGGACGCCCUUGUGGCCAACGUCCUCGCCAUGAUGGACGCCGACAGGAAAGUGGCUGCUCUCAAGACGCUGCAGGGACACAUGUGGCGCCGGGCAUACCAGACGGGCCUCGUGCAGGGACACUGUUCGACGGGCACUUCGACACCGCCGUGGGACCCAAAGUGGAGAGCGAGAGUUACUCCACCAUCCUGCGUCGGCUGCGCUGCGAUCCGGCGAGACUUCUCUUCGUCACCGACCUUGCUAAAGAGGCGUGGGCGGCGCGGGCGGCAGGCGUGCACGUGGUGGUGUCCGUGCGUGAGGGGACGGCGCCCCUGAGCGCGGAGGAUAAGGCCACCUUCCCCACCGUCACUUCGUUCGCACAGCUCCUCCAGGCCCCGGCGAAGAAGGCGAGGUCGGGGGGCGAGGAGGAGGCGAAGGCGAGGGAGGACGAGGGCGAGCAGGAAGGAAGUGGAGAUGAAGGAGAAGGAAAAGAGGGAGAGAAAGGCGGGAGUGAAGGAGGAGAAGAGGAGGACAAGGAUUAGAAAAUGGAAUGAAAGGAGGGUGAAAAGAAAUCCGAUUAGCGAAGGUCGGGGUCUCGCGGCUCUGGAGAAAAGAAAGUCUCUGCGGAGGAAGCAGAACUGAAUAUUGUGCUGAAGUCUCUUAUGAUAAAAUCCUGAUAAUACUCCCAAAGCAGUAAAUACGCAGGAAUACUGGGAAAUAGACAGCAAAGGUAUAAAUAUCAAAUUGACAAUAAAUUGAUUACAUAAUAAAAGAGACCAGGAAUCGUGGCAAGUCGGUUUAGGAGGCAAGUAUUAAGAACAAUAUAAAUAAUACGAAAAGCGAAAGAAUGUUAAGGAAGAGGGAAUGAAACCAGGAAUACUCAAUCGGUAAAGAAUCAGGGAAAGAGAAAUAGAAAGGAUAAUGCUGGCCUAGUCAACUUUACCUCGCCAUCACGUAUUUCCUUCUGUCUGUCUGUUUGUUUGAAUGCUACCAUUUCUUCAUAAACCGUCCUUCGCUUAAAGGAAAUCUUCUACAAUGGCUUCUAGUGUUGCUUAGUACCUGUUGCUAUGUCUCACUCCUUGCUGUAUGUAAAGGUCAGUUUAAAUAUGAUGUACAACGUUACCCUUGAGAACAAUAAAACGAAAUAAGCCAAGAUAA